CUUGUGAUGGUUCCCUGUCAGACGAAUGUCGUGCACAUCCUAGAGUCCUACGUCAAGCACUUUGCCAUCAACAAAGCUUUCAUGGCCAACGAGAGGUACCGGCGUCAGCAGAACACCACACAGAACAGCAGCCCACAGCCAGUCCCUCCAGAGAAGAGUGAGGAGUUGUGUAAGGAGAUGGUCGAUGGCCUGAGGAUCACCUUCGACUUCACCUUACCCAUGAUCCUUCUCUACCCCUCUGAGCAAGCUCAGUUCAAAAAGGUCAGCUCCUCCAGGCUUUUCCUGGCCGUCAAUGAAAGCUCCCCCUGCUCCAGCAACACCCAACGAGAGCGCAGCCCGAGCCCGUUGGGACACAACCCACCCACCCCCCAAUCUACAGACAGCCAACCAGCACUGAGCGACAUUUCUGCCACCACACCCACUGCCCCAGCCCCCACCCCGAAACGCCGGCGUCACCCUGACAUGGACUGUAUCUCAUUCCAGUCCCAGUCACUCAGACGCUCCACCAGGAACACAUCUGGAGGCGACCGACCAGCUGAAGGAAGCAGUGGAGGUGGAGGCAGUGCCACAGCAUCCCCGCAGCUCAAACGGCGUUUGGUUGACACCUCAGCCCAGCCCAAGUUCUUCCUCAACCUCGACAGAAAAACGCCGGUGCACAGCGGCUCAUCCUCCCCAUUACCCUUGACGCCAAGCAAAGAGCGAAGUGGGCCUUUCUACGGCCUUGAGAGCCGCAGAAACAAUGAGCUUAAUGAGGUCCUAAGUUGGAAGCUGACUCCUGAUAAUUACCCUCAGCACGAUCAGCCUCCUCCACCCUCCUACCUGUACGGAUCCCAGCACCUCUUACGUCUUUUUGUGAAGCUUCCUGAGAUCCUGGGAAAAAUGCAGAUCCCUGAGAGGAAUCUCCGAGCCCUGGUCAAACAUCUGGAACUCUUUCUCAGGUAA